GGCCGGCAGGGGCGGGCCGGGUAGCGGCCGGCUUCUGUGGCCCGGCUGCGCGGGGGGGGCGCGAGGUGCGCCCCUGUCAAGAGCCAUGCUCGGCAGGUCCGGGUACCGGGCGCUGCCCCUGGGGGACUUUGACCGUUUCCAGCAGUCGAGCUUCGGCUUCCUGGGCUCGCAGAAGGGCUGCUUGUCCCCGGAGCGGGGCGGCGUGGGGCCGGGGGCCGAUGCGCCUCAGAGCUGGCCCUCCUACUUCUGCCACAGCCUCAUCAGUUUCCUGGGGUUCUUGCUGCUGAUGAUCACCUUUCCCAUUUCUGGCUGGUUUGCCUUGAAGAUUGUGCCCACCUAUGAGCGGAUGAUCGUGUUUCGACUGGGCCGGAUCCGCACCCCUCAAGGGCCUGGCAUGGUUCUACUCUUGCCCUUCAUUGACUCCUUUCAGCGGGUGGAUUUGAGGACACGAGCUUUCAAUGUCCCUCCCUGCAAGUUGGCCUCUAAGGAUGGGGCUGUGCUGUCCGUGGGGGCCGAUGUCCAGUUCCGCAUCUGGGAUCCGGUACUGUCUGUGAUGACUGUGAAGGACCUGAACAUGGCCACGCGCAUGACAGCCCAGAACGCCAUGACCAAGGCCCUGCUCAAGAGGCCUCUGCGGGAGAUCCAGAUGGAGAAGCUCAAGAUCAGCGACCAGCUCCUGCUGGAAAUCAAUGAUGUGACCAGGGCCUGGGGGCUGGAGGUGGACCGAGUGGAGCUAGCAGUGGAGGCCGUGCUCCAGCCACCCCAGGACAGCCCAGCGGGGCCCAGCUUGGACAGCACCCUCCAGCAGCUGGCCCUCCACUUCCUAGGAGGAGGCCUGUCCUCUGUGGCGGGAGGUGCCUCAGCCCCAGGGUCAGCAGACACCUUGGAGAUGGUCAGCGAAGCUGAACAGCCUGCCCCUCACGUUGGUGCUGGGCCCAGCCCAAAGCAGCCCGUGGCCGAGGGCCUGCUGACUGCCCUGCAGCCCUUCCUGUCGGAGGCCCUGGUCAGCCAGGUCGGGGCCUGCUACCAGUUCAAUGUCAUCCUGCCCAGUGGUACCCAGAGCAUCUACUUCCUCGACCUCACUACAGGGCACGGGAGGGUAGGCCACGGGGUGCCUGACGGCCUCCCGGAUGUGGUGGUGGAGAUGGCGGAGGCAGACCUGCGGGCCCUUCUGUGCAGGGAGCUGCGGCCCCUGGGGGCCUACAUGAGUGGGCGGCUAAAGGUGAAGGGUGACCUGGCUGUGGCCAUGAAGCUGGAGGCUGUCCUCAGGGCCCUGAAGUAGCAGCUUUGGCUGACUGUCCAUAGCCCAGCCCCAAGUCUGGCAUCAAGCCGGGGGGGCAUCUUGGAGGAGGAGGCACUGCUGCCACACCUUGGAUUGUUGAGGCCCUGAGAAGUUCGAGGCUCAGCCAGGAGCCAAUGAAUGGAGGCUGGGCAGACACCAGAGGCUGGGAGACACUGAGUCAGGCCACCUGGCCCUUCUCACCUAGAGUGCUUCUCUGGACAAGCCUUUGCCCAUCCCGGUCCCCGGCUGACUGCCCCGCCCCGAGCUGGGUACACGGAGUGAUGACGAGGGCCAGGCCUGCUCCGCUCUGCUGGCUAACUGACUGCAGAGGCAGGGCCCGCAGGAACAGCCUGACCGCAGCGGGUUUGGUCCCAGCGCGAGGGAGCCAAGCAUGUGGCUCAGGUCCCAGCUCAAGUGGGUAUCAGAGAGGGUGAGUGGGGGAGAAGGAAGGCAGCCACCAAGGAGAGUCACUGCAGGGCAGGGAUUCGGGGAUGGAGCUGGGCCUGCCUUCCUGGUUGUCGUCUAGGCCCAAGCCAGUGUGCAGGGGGGAUGGAAAAGCGUGGGGCCUUCUCCACCUCUGGCCCUGCUCCUGAAGAUGUCUUGACGACUCAUCUACCAGCUCCGUCUUGCAUGCCUGACGGGCUGGGGCCCAGGGCAGCAUGUAGGAGAGCCCUGUUCCUGUGCUUUUUACCAGAGGUUUGCAAACCACCAAUAAAUGUGCUGUUUACAAUGUA